GCCUUUGUCCACUAGCGCCAAAUAUACUCGUUACCCCUCAACUUAGCGCAUCACCCCCACCGUAACGUAGCCGUCGUUGCUUUCGCCAUACUUCAAUUGGCUGUCAAGCAAUUCCUGAGACACACCACAAUUCCACCGGCUUGACCGCCAUUGAUUCACCGCUUUUUAUAAUCAAAUUUCCCUCCCAACAUUUUCUCUCUCUCGCUCUCUCCCUCCCUCUCCCAUUCUCAUUUCACUCUCUUCAGGUCUAUUUGCCUCCUGUUCCUCCCGCUGCUGCCUAAUCAAGCUAAUUCUCUGGUUUAACGUUAUAAUGCUUGAAAAUUGGUAAAUUAAUCAACGUAACUGAGCAUUUCGGUUACUCCAGAAAUUGAUUUCGGAUCAUCAUCGAUUGGUUCAACUUCCACCUGAUGGAGCAAACUACAGGAGGUUUCACUGGAUUCAAUCUCUCUGCUGCUGGUGAACGCGAUCAGGCAACACUUGAAUCCAUUCAAUUCAACGAGGAAAUCGAGCGAAUCAUAGCCCCAGCCCCAGAAAACAUUAGCUCGUUCACUGCACUUCUCGGACUACCACCAGCGCAGGCCAAGGAGAUCCUCCAUUCGCCCAACUGCGACGGAGUCACCGCCGCGGCUUUCCCCACCUACGGGGAACAACCCUUGUGCCAUAUCAACGAUCAGAAACCCCACAUACUUCACUCUUCCAGUGGCACUUCAACACUCCCUUCUAACAGUGCUUUGAUCGAGCGCGUUGCCAAGUUUUCCGUGUUUGCCGAAGAGAACUCGCCACCGGAGGAGCCCAACUUGGCCCCGCUUAGUCCAGGAGCAAAUUUAAACAGAGUGAAGCAUGAACCCCCGGAAACCGAUUCAAAUCCUAAGCCAACCCCUGUUAUCCCUUCUAACCCCUCGAUUGAGCACAAGAACGAAAGGGCCGCAAAGAGGAAGGAACGAGAGAAGAAGGAUAAAGAGUCCUCGAAGAAGAGUAAAAGCGUCGUCGACGAAACAUCCGGAGACCGUGAUAAACUUCCAUACGUCCAUGUUCGAGCUCGUCGCGGCCAAGCUACAGACAGCCAUAGCUUAGCAGAAAGGGCCAGGAGAGAGAAAAUCAAUGCUCGCAUGAAGCUUUUACAAGAGCUGGUCCCGGCUUCUCCACAGAUUUCAGGAACAGCAUUGGUUCUGGAUGAAAUCAUCAACCAUGUUCAAUCUCUUCAACGCCAAGUGGAGUUCUUGUCAAUGAAACUGGCAGCAGUUAACCCAAGAAUCGAUCUUGAUCUUGACAGCAUAUUGGCUACGGAAGGUGCAUCUCGAGCAGACUGCAACUUUCCCGACAUGGUUACACCUCCAGUGUGGCAGGAAGUUCUAGUCAAUGGAAACAGACAGCAAUAUCAACAUCAGUGGCAAUUCGAUGCAUUUAACCAACCAAUUUGGGGGAGGGAGGAAGAGAACCGUAAUUUCAUGACCCCAGAAAGCUCUCUUUUGAGUUAUGACUCGUUGGCAAAUUCAGCACCUCUGCACUCAAAUCAUUUGGAGAUGGAGCUGUGAAGCAAGCAGCUGGCAGUUGCAGUAGUGUAUAUAUGAAGAAUAGUAUUAGCAGCAAUUAAGUAGAGAAUUUGGCAGCCUCAACAUUGAGCUGGGUUUCCCUGUCUUCUAUUUGCCAGUCAGGUGGCAACCUGGAUUUUCCUCGACGACAGAGGAGCAAGAGUUGGUGAUCUAUUCUUAUUCUUAUGUUAAAAGAUAUAGUAUUCCUAUGUAUACCUAACUACAGUUUGCGUUUUUUUUUUUUGGUUUGGGGGUGGGGGGUGGGUUUCAUUCAGUCAAAUAGUUUUCAUUUAUGAGCGGAUGAUUGAUUCAGGUUGUAAAAUGUCACUUAAUUAUCAAGGGAGUUUGUUGCAACGUGAACUUUGAUGACUACUUAUUCGAAAAGUUGCCCGAACAACCUAUUCUAAUU